AUGGCUUCAAAAUCUCAUGUCACAGCUGCUCUCCUCAUCUUCCAUUUGCUGUUCUCUUCAUUAGUUUCCGGCCAAAGCCCUGUCCCGGUGUCGUUGCCUCCACCUCCUCCACAACCCAUUUCGCUUAUUGGCUGUGUUAUUAACGUGUUAUCCCUAGUUAUUUGCCGCCCGGUGCUGUUCAUCCUGAAAAUCUUUGGCAUCGGAGAUCCUAACGGGCCCUGCUGUUCUCUAAUCAGAACCCUGUCAGCGAACCAGGCCGCUACAUGCCUUUGCAUUGCGGUCAGAGCGAAGAUCCUGGGUAUCAACAUUGCCAUCCCAGGCGAUAUCAGGCUUCUUCUGAAUUCAUGUAACGUGACCCUGCCGAUCGGGUUCGCAUGUCCUUAG